AUAUAGCCAAUAAGCUGCGCCGCCGUCUUCCGAAGCCAUUCGCGGCGGUUCUGUGCUCUAACGUCGGCGAUUCACAUCGACCAUCUUAUUCGAGUUUGUAAAAGAUGGCGUUUGAAGGGGGCACUUUGAAGUCUUCCUCUAUAAAUGGAGUCAAAAUGUACUCGGUUUCCGGCCAAAACCGGUCGCUUGCGGCAUGGCUUCCUCCAAAGAAGCUCAGAGCACUGCGGAAAAAUCCAGAUUAUUUGCAGAGGGUGGAUUUGGUACAGGAUUUGAGGUUUGAAACCUCGACUUCUAGAAUUAAGGUGACGCCUGAUGGGGAGUAUCUUGUAGCCUCAGGCAUUUACCCUCCACAAGUCAAAGUGUAUGAGCUGAGGGAAUUGUCACUGAAGUUCGAAAGACAUUUGGUUUCUGAAAUUGUUGAUUUUGAGAUAUUAGAUGAUGACUACUCGAAGAUGGCAUUUCUUUGCACUGACCGGUCUAUACGCCUUCAUGCAAAAUAUGGGAGUCAUUACAGUUUGAGAAUUCCAAGGAUGGGAAGAGAUAUUGUCUAUGACAGCUGGUCUUGUGAUUUAAUUUGUGCUGCUUCUUCUCCAGAUCUAUAUAGGAUAAACUUAGAACAGGGCCGUUUCCUAGCCUCUCUUAGUACACAAUCUCCAGCUCUGAAUGUGGUAUCUCGAAGCAAAAUCCAUGGAUUAGUCGCUGGCGGUGGUGAGGAUGGAGCUGUUGAAUGCUUUGAUAUGAGGACUAAGUCCUCAGUUGGUCGACUAGAUGCUGUUGCAAGUGCUGGUGAUAAUGAUGCGGAGGUUACUGCAAUUGAAUUUGAUGGAGAUGGAGGUUAUCAAAUGGCUGUUGGAAGCAGUGCUGGGAAGAUCCUAAUUUAUGAUUUGCGCUCAUCUAAUCCUAUGCGAAUAAAGGAUCACAUGUAUGGCAGCCCGAUACUAAACAUUAAGUGGCAUAAGACUCUAAACUCGGAGCAGUCAAAAUUGAUCACUACUGAUAAACACAUAGUCAGGAUUUGGGACCCUGAAACGGGAGAAGGUAUGACCAGCAUUGAACCAUCUGCUGGAAAAAUUAAUGAUAUAUGCGUCUUCAAAGACAGUGGACUGAUUUUGUUGGCUCUGGACAGCAGCCAAAUACCAUCUUACUUCAUCCCAGCCCUCGGUCCUGCUCCAAAGUGGUGUUCUUAUUUGGAGAAUUUAACAGAAGAGCUUGAGGAGGGUGGACAAACAACCAUUUAUGAUGAUUACAAAUUUUUGACAAAGGAGGACCUUGCUAAACUUAAUCUGACAAAUUUGAUUGGGACCAAUCUUCUGAGGGCUUAUAUGCAUGGUUACUUUGUUGAUUAUCGAUUGUAUAAAAAGGCACAAAGCUUGGCUGAGCCGUUUGCUUAUGAGUCUUAUAUAGAAAAGCGAAAGCAGGAAAAAUCACAGUCUGAACGUGAGAACAGAAUUACGGUACGUUCACUUCACAU